AUGUCGACAGAGAAGGAUUGGCAAACUUCAAAGAACUCCAUAAAGACAAGAUGUGCCUUCGUUUUUAACAACGAGUUACUGAGUGAUGUUAACUUCGUUGUUCGAGCUUCCAGUGGCGAGGACAACAAGAUCGUUCCAGCUCAUAAGUUUGUCCUCUCAAUUAGCAGCCCGGUAUUCUUUGCCAUGUUUCACGGGAAAAUGGCGGAGACAUCAAGCCUCAUUCAUCUGCCUGACUGUGAUUAUGAUGAUUUGCUGGAGUUCUUUCGUUACCUCUACACUGACGAUAUCAACCUCAGUGGAGCUAACGUAUUACAGGUGCUUUAUCUAGCAAACAAAUACAUUGUUCCUUCGCUGGCUGAUAAAUGUACCGAUUUUCUGCGGACCAAUUUGGACGCACCGAACGUGUUUUGCAUACUUCCCCUCGCGCAGCAUUUUGGUGAGGAGGGCCUCGUGAAGCGUUGCUGGGAAGUGAUCGACAAGAGGACAGAGGAGGCGGUGAAAGCUGACGAGUUUGUUGAACUGGAUAGGUGUCUUGUCGAGACAGUUGUGAAUCGAGAAUCGCUAUGCGUGAAGGAGAUAGAAUUAUUCAAAGCUGUUGAUCGUUGGGCUACAAGAAAAUUCGAGAAACAAGGUCAAUCAGAGCAUACAAGUAGCAAGAGUAAAAGACAAAUUUUAGGGGAAGAAAUUGUGAAAGGAAUACGAUUUUCAUUAAUGUCACAAAAGGAGUUUAUGUCUGUUGUUCCGGACAGUAACAUUUUAACAACCGAAGAAAUUAUAAACCUGAUGAAACAAUUUAAUGGAAUAGCAACAGCUCCUUUACCGUUUGUGCAAACUCCUAGAAAAGGAACGAUCAGAGAAACCGAGAGACGAAGAAGAAUUGGAACUUAUAUUCCACCAGCAGUCAAUUGGUUUAGUUCUACACGACGGAAUUCGCCAGAAUCUACGUGCUGUUGA